GACAUUGUUGUGAAAAUGUAUUUACUAUUGGUGUAUUGUUUGGUUGUUGCACCAGUUUUUUCGGAAACGUUAAAGAAUUAUAAAGAUUAUAAACAUUACGAAGUGCAAGGGUCUCGGGAGGGAUUGGAGCAUUUAAAAAAUCUGCUUUUGCAAAGAGAUGAGUUUUUAAUACAUUCGGAUUCAAGAAACUCAUCGGAAAUAAUAUUGUCUCCCCAUUUAGCGUCUGCUUUAGAAGCGAUCGCUACAGAGGAGAAUUUGAGAGUGAAACUUUUGCAUCGCGACGUCUCGGAAAUAAUUCAGUCGGAAAAAGUGCCACAUCGUCGUUUUAAUAAAUUCUCGUGGGAUGCGUACUAUGACGUCGACGACAUUCACAAAUACAUUUACGACACAAGCAAAUCGUUCGGCGAAUGGACGGAAAUAAUAGAGGCUGGCGAAAGUUAUGAGGGGCGCAAAAUAUUGGGACUCCGUAUAAAUACUCGUUACGAGAAAGGACAGCGGGAGACUGGGAAACCCGUGUUUUUUAUUGAAUCUGGCAUCCACGCGCGUGAAUGGAUCGCCCCAGCAGUGACGACCUACUUCAUCAAUCAGCUGCUCACGAGUCGCGAUCCCAAUGUAACAAGACUUCGGGAUCAGUUCGACUGGCGCAUCUUCCCCACGGUUAAUCCUGAUGGAUACCAUUACAGCUAUACUGUUGAUAGAUAUUGGAGAAAGACACGGUCUCGUUCGUUAAACGGGUGCCGAGGUGCUGACCCCAACCGCAACUGGGAUUAUAACUGGGGACAACACUCGUCAUCAACAAAGCCCUGCGACUAUCAGCUGUACGCCGGUUCCCGCCCAUUUUCUGAGGUCGAAACAAGAUCCUUGUCCAAGUAUAUUUCGACCAUAGACAACCUAUUGUUCUAUGUGGCUUUCCACUCCUACGCAUCUGUUUUGUUAGUGCCAUAUUCCGACUCUUUUGAGCACGUUGAUAAUUAUGAUGAAUUGGUGCAGAUAGGCAGAAAAUCUAUUGAAUACGGAAGCAGAAUUAACAGCGAUUUGUAUGACGGGCCUGACACAGCAGCCGCCACUUUAUAUAAAGCCUCGGGUGGCAGUAUGGACUGGGUUCGUCACGCCCUCGGCACUAGGCUGGUGUAUACCUACGAGCUCCGAGGGUCCUCCUUCCACUGGCCGGCGGAGAGGAUCAGCGAGCAGGGGGAUGAGGUGACCCUGAUGAUGAUGGGCUUGGCUGAUGGUGCUCAGGAACUGGGGUACUUUUAGAAGAAGGGUGUAUGUUAUUGUUUUAAGAAUAAAGACUUAAGACGGA